AUGUCGGAUGAGUUUUUGAUUUUGGAUGAACUGCUCAGCUACACCAGGGAGCUAAAUAAGCAGAAUAAGCAGUCAGCGCAGAGUACGCAGAUCACUCAUAAUUCUCAACCAGCUCCCUCUGUUGCCGGCAAGUCCAAGAACCCGGGCCCGAAAGGCGUCAAGAAGAAGCCGUGGUCUUUGGAGGAGACUUAUUGGCUCGAGCACUACCUCCAGCUCUACUACACCACCCUCAAGGGCCAGCCGCCUUGGGCGUACAUCAGGAAUAGACAUGGGAAGAAUGGCACUGUUGACCAAACAUUAGCCAAGCGCAGCCAUAUCGACCUUCAGGAUAAAGCCAGGAUUAUGUCCGGUAAGCUCUGGAGGGAAGGCAAGGAUAUUCCCGAAUGGCUCAUCGCUGCGAAGCCACCAAAGCGUAUUCUCGAUAAAAUGCGUCCGACUCGCGGUGAAUGGCCUAAAAGACAGUCAGACAGCGCAAACAGUUCAUUAUCUCAACAGGAAUCAUCCUCUCAUCACGCAUCCCCUCAGACUUCCACUCCCCAAUCUCCUGCUCCCCCAAUUGCAUUCACAUCCGAUGCAAAUGUUUUCUCGCAAGGCUCUUUCACUACUGACACUUUUAAUCACUAA